UUCAAACAGAAAAAAAAGAACAAGAACAAGAAAAAAAAAAGCAGCCGCCUGGGAGGCCCGGCCCCCCCGGGGCAGAUCCAAUCAGAAGCGCGCGUCCGCGGCGUCAGCGCCAGGCCGGGCGCUCAUUGGCUGGGCCGCGGCUCCCACUUCCCCUCCGAGGCCCGGCCGGCGCCGGGCGCGCCCCUCCCGGCCGCUCCCCCCAGAAAGUUUGCGCCGCCGCGGGGCCGCGAGCAGAGUCGCGCCGGGAGCUCGCUGGGCAGCGCGGCCAUGGCUUCGUCUCCGGCCAGAGGCAGCAACGACGUGUUCUCGUCCGACGAGGAGGGCUCGGCCGCGGGGGCCGGGCCGGGCGCGGGGGGCGCCGAGGGGGCGGCGGAGGAGCGCGGCCGCGUCAAAGUGUCCAGCCUGCCGUUCAGCGUGGAGGCGCUCAUGUCGGACAAGAAGCCGCCCAAGGCGGCGUCCCCGCGGCCGGCCGAGCUCCCCGCGCCCGGGCUCCCGCUGCGGCCGCCGCUGCUGCUGCCCGGACUGCACGGCGCCCGCGAGGCGCACAGCCCCGGCGCGCCCGCCAAGCCCUUCGAGCCCGCGGCGGUCAAGGCCGAGACGACCGAGGACGCGGCGCCCUGGAUGCCGGAGCCGGGCAGAUACUCGCCGCCGCCCCGACACAUGAGCCCCACCACCUGCACGCUGAGGAAGCACAAGACCAAUCGCAAGCCGCGCACGCCCUUCACCACAUCCCAGCUGCUCGCCCUGGAGCGCAAGUUCCGCCAGAAACAGUACCUGUCCAUCGCCGAGCGCGCCGAGUUCUCCAGCUCCCUGAACCUCACAGAGACCCAGGUCAAAAUUUGGUUCCAGAACCGCAGGGCCAAGGCGAAAAGACUGCAGGAGGCCGAACUGGAGAAGCUGAAGAUGGCUGCCAAACCCAUGCUGCCUUCGGGGUUCAGCCUCCCCUUCCCCAUCAACUCCCCCCUGCAGGCCGCCUCCCUGUAUGGAGCCUCCUACCCUUUCCACAGACCUGUGCUGCCCAUCCCUCCUGUCGGACUCUAUGCCACGCCGGUGGGGUACAGCAUGUACCAUCUUUCCUAAGGACCCUCCCGGCGGGUGGGCCAUUUGACUCUCCUGGACGGGUGCUUCUGUGAAAGGACCCCCUCCCUCCCUCUGCAAGAAGGCAGCCCCCUGCCUGCCUGCCUGCCUGCCGUGCAGUGCAGUUCCUGCUCGAAUCCAGGCCCCCGACUCGACUCAGAGGCCACCUCUAGACACUCUUCCAUUUUGUCCUUUGAGGCUGGAGCCACCAAGCCCUAUCUCCUUGGCAUCAUCUUCCACACGUUCUCUUCUCCUUUCACACAGAUUGAUUGCCUCCGGUGGUAAACCUACAUGUGAAAGAAAGAGAGAUACACGGCGGAUACCCAAAUUCAAGUUAUUUUUUGAAAACAUCUUUUAAAGAUGUUAACUAUAUAGACUUUCUUCUAUAUAUCACUUUCCAAAAAAAAAAAAAAGAGAGAGAGAGAAAAAAAAAGACUUUAAUCUUUUUCUUUCCUCCUAGGGGGGAGAAGUUGCUUAAAUUGCCAGAAUUUGGGGUGACCUUGAUGGGAGGAUUGAUGGACAGAAAGCAAAGCAAACACAAGGGGCCCAGGAAGAGGUUCCAUGGUGUGUGUGUGGGGGUGGUGUGGUGGGGGAGAUGUCUUUGCACUUUGAUGUGCAUUCAAAACAAACAAACAAAAAAACUAAAACU